UUAUACCUUGCCUCAGAUACUUAAGCCAUUUAUUGUUGAAUAUAAUUAUGGACAUUGAAGGGGGCUUUUUAUAGGGGCUAGGGUUAAAUGAGAUCCUACAAUUAUAAAAUUCAUCAGGGUGGUAUAGGCUAGUAUGGAACAUGGUUUUGCAGCUUUUUGUCGAGAUACGAGUAUAUUAAAAGUAAUUAUUAACUUUAAAGCCCUUUUCGGCGGGUUCAGUUGAAUGGGGGAUACUUAAAAUAAUGGACCGAUGGUAACCAUUUUUAAUAGGCUUCAUCUCCGGAACCAUAAAUGAUCGUACAGGUGGACGGACAUAGCUAAACAUAAUUAUAUGCUUCGUCGCUGCAACAGCGACCUGUAGUUUGAUUACAUUUUCUUAUCCGAUUGGUAUACUUUAAGGUUGAUGUGGCAUAAUAGAAUAGAAUUUUACAUAACAAAAUAGAAUUUUACAUAAAUAUAUAUUAGUUUUGGAACAUAACGUAUUCGUAGUAUUUGUUGAAAAUGUUUACUCAGAUUUGUAGAAAGUUUGAAAUGCAAAAUCUUGAUAAAUAAAACUUGUGUUCGACUGUACAAAAAUGAAAUACCCAUUGUUCAAGUUCGAUUUAUGGUUUACACUUGUUUUGAUAACAUAUGCAAAACUAUUUUUUGCGACGUUAGAAUCUUAUUAAGCUCCGCUUUAUUUACAACUUUGUUGGAAAAUUCUAACGAGUAAACCGCUAACGGUACAUAAAUAUUGUUUGCCACCAAUUUACGUUUUGUAAAGUAAAAAACACUUCUUUUCUGAUCGUCAACAUAAGCACUACUUGCUCUUGACGUUAUUACUUCUACGAGGUAAAAUAAAUACAGAGAGAUCUACGUCUCAUUAAAUUUGCAAAUAUUUUGUUUUAUUUUCAUAAAAUCUUGGGAAAUUGUGAUGGAGCUAAACAUUUGGUCCUAGCGAACCGGAUUUUUGUGUAUUAUAUACGGAUUUUUGGCAUCUUCACUCCAUCAUGCCUCGGAAAACAUACAGUCCACCGAAGAUAUAUUUAUUAUUAAUUUUUAAGAAAUUUUUACGAAAUAAGAUUUACAUCGGGAGUUAGAAAGACUUUGGGACAAAGUUAUUUCGACGUACGAAGUAUGUCUUAACACUCUAGAGUCUAGUCACAUCUUAUGAAUAUAUUGAAUGUGGAGGAUCUAUUUCUAAGAAAAUAAGAACAUUGGAAUCCGCUUCAAAAAUUAAUGAACUUCCAACAGCGAAUUUGAAUUCCGAUAAUUCAGAGCAUAAUCUGACGCUCCCUCCAUGCGAUAUCGACUCUUUCGUAGGGGAUUAUGUUUCUUGACCCGCUUUUAGGGAUUUAUUUACCGCAAUUUACAUUAAUAGCUCGAUGCUUAGCAAUAUAGAACGUCUUUGCCAUUUAAUACGGAUAACCGAGAGUGAAGCUAAAACAAUUGUUUCAAGAUAUCCAUUAAAUAAUAAUAGUUUUGAGUUAGCCUGGCGCGAUUUAAGGAAUGCAUAUGAGAAUCCUCGUAUGUUGGUGCAUAACCAACUAAAGCUUUUGUUUAGUCUUCCUGUCUUUGACAAGGAGUCGAUCACAGCACUCAAAACCUUACAGUGCGGAAUCGAUAGUUUUCUUACGGCACUUUCUAUUUAUAAUGUGCCUACAGAUAAUUGGGACCCAAUUAUAGUGUUUAUGUGUAUUCGACGUCUACCUAGUUCAACAAUUAUUUUAUGGGAACAGGGCAUUAAGGACAAAUUAAGUUUAUCUUCAUGGAAAGAUUUAGAUAAUUUUCUGAAGGAAAGAAUUCUGACUUUGCAAUGUCUUCAAGAAAUUAAAGGUACAAACUCCACUAAUAUGGAAUCUUCAUUGCAAUCUCACAAUUCUUCCGGAAAAAUUUCUUAUGUCCUAAUCAGUCCCACUACUUGCGAAAUUGUCGUCGUUUUAAAAGUCUUUCAAUAUCUGAUAGAAUUUCAACAGUGAAUGAGCAUAACUUCUGCACUAAUUGUCUUUCGAGGACACAUACUGCUAGAAGUUGCAAAAUAAAUAAUAAUUGUUAUAUAUGCAAUAAUCGACAUCACUCGAUGCUUCAUUUUAGAUAGUAGGCCUGUAGAUAUUCUUAUUGGUGCGGAUUUAUAUCAUCGUUUUAUUUAUUUAUUUUAUUUAUUUAUAUCAUCAGGAAGUACAGCAAAAUAUAUUAUGGCCAUUAUUGGCACAAAAAACUGUAUUUGGCAGGAUUCUGACAGGACCAGCUAAUCCCAGGGACUUUGAAUCACAUAUCGCAAAUUUACAAUACACUACGUGGUCUAACGCUUCUUAACGUUUGUUUGAAUAUCACUUAAAAUGCUCACAAGAA